AGCUCAGGAUAGUCUUGAACUAACUAUGUAGCUCAGGCUAGCCUUAAACUUCGGGAUUCUUUGUACCUCAGCCUGCAUGUAUAGUUUUUCAAGUCCUUGUUUUAAAAUGUGAAAAUCAGGAACUCAUUAUUAGAACAGUGACAGACUGUAGUACAACUGUGUGAUGGAAUAUUGCAAUGCAAAGUAAAGGAACAGAUUGUCUAUACACCAGGCGUGAAAGAGGCCAGGUCAGAAAGUGAAAACACUGUGUAAAACUUGAGUAUAAAAUUCCACAGGGGCACAAGGGCAUUUCUGGAGUGAGACAAGUUUUUUGAUUAUGGCAAUGGAUUCACAAGUGUUCACACAUCAGAAUUUAGCAAAUUACACUCGUCUAACGUGUAGUACUCUUGUCAACUAUACCUCGAUGGGACUGUUCAAAUAGGUAGGAACUAAGACAUGACUCACUGGUAAAACUGAAUUUGGAGUUUUAUUAGCUAAACAGUAAAUGAGCCUUGGCAGAGUAUUUGCAAUUUCCUCAUUUCAAGAGCCAUCUAAAUAUGGUACUAAUUGAAGUUCCCAAGUACAAGCCCGAAUGAAGGAGAUAAUUUGGGAAUACUGACUCCUCUUCCUGUGUAGGUCGGCAGUCCCGGGUCAGGGGACAUCUCUGGAUUGUCAUUUCGAGACACAAAGUGUUUUGAAGAUAUCUACGGUCGAAUGCCAGCUUCCUUUCGUCUACGAUCACCGUAGCCUGUGAAAAAUUCCUAUCUCUUUAAGCUGUGAAGAGGUGAUGAAUAAGGGCAGGCUCAACAGCUGUCUUCAACUCGGCGCGUAGCGCCUAUAAGGGUCCAACCUCCUGGCUUGUCCCUCUUGGCGACUCGUAGCGAACUGCGCGUCUGAGGCCAGCUCGGCUCCUGAUUGGCUGCGUGUCUCCAGCGUGCGCGGCGCCAGCGCGGAAGCUCCUAGCCGGUGGCGGCGAUGUCUAGCCGGUCUAAGCGGCAGUCUCAUGGUUCCACCCGCGGGAAGCGCGAGUCCGAGUCGCGGGGUAGCUCGGGCCGCAUCAAGAAGGAGCGAGACCGCGAGCGGGAGCCCGAGGCGGCGAGCUCUCGGAGCAGCCCGGUCCGCGUGAAGCGUGAAGCCGAGCCGACUGCGCGAGAAAUCCCGGCGCCCGCGCCCCCGGCCGUGAGGGUGAAGCGGGAACGCGAGGCCGACGAGGACUCGGAGCCCGAGCGGGAGGUGCGAGCAAAGAAUGGCCGAGUGGAUUCUGAGGACCGGAGGAGUCGUCACUGCCCGUACCUGGAUACCAUUAACAGGAGUGUACUGGACUUCGACUUUGAGAAACUCUGCUCUAUCUCCCUCUCGCAUAUCAACGCCUACGCCUGUCUGGUGUGUGGCAAAUACUUUCAAGGCCGGGGAUUAAAGUCUCAUGCCUACAUCCACAGCGUCCAGUUCAGCCACCAUGUCUUCCUCAACCUCCACACUCUCAAGUUUUACUGCCUUCCUGACAACUAUGAGAUCAUCGAUUCCUCACUGGAGGAUAUCACGUACGUGCUGAAGCCUACUUUCACAAAGCAGCAAAUUGCAAACUUGGACAAGCAAGCCAAAUUGUCCCGGGCGUAUGAUGGUACCACGUACCUGCCAGGGAUCGUGGGGCUGAACAACAUCAAAGCCAACGACUAUGCAAAUGCAGUGCUGCAGGCUCUGUCUAAUGUUCCUCCUCUUCGGAACUACUUCCUGGAGGAAGACAAUUAUAAGAACAUCAAGCGCCCUCCAGGGGAUAUCAUGUUCUUGUUGGUCCAGCGUUUUGGAGAGCUGAUGAGAAAGCUCUGGAACCCCCGAAACUUCAAGGCGCAUGUUUCUCCUCAUGAGAUGCUUCAGGCUGUUGUCCUUUGCAGCAAGAAGACUUUCCAGAUCACCAAACAAGGGGAUGGCGUUGACUUCCUGUCUUGGUUUCUGAAUGCUCUGCACUCAGCUCUGGGUGGCACCAAGAAGAAGAAGAAGACUAUUGUGACUGAUGUUUUCCAGGGGUCAAUGAGAAUCUUCACCAAAAAGCUUCCUCAUCCUGAUCUGCCAGCAGAAGAGAAAGAGCAGCUGCUCCACAAUGACGAGUACCAGGAGACGAUGGUGGAGUCCACGUUCAUGUACCUGACGCUGGACCUUCCCACGGCCCCGCUCUAUAAGGACGAGAAGGAGCAGCUCAUCAUCCCCCAGGUGCCGCUCUUCAACAUCCUGGCCAAGUUCAACGGCAUCACCGAGAAGGAAUACAAGACUUACAAGGAAAACUUCUUGAAGCGCUUCCAGCUCACCAAGCUGCCUCCAUAUCUAAUCUUUUGCAUCAAGAGAUUUACUAAGAACAACUUCUUCGUGGAGAAGAAUCCGACAAUUGUCAACUUCCCUAUCACAAACGUGGAUCUGAGAGAAUACUUAUCUGAAGAAGUCCAGGCAGUCCACAAGAACACCACUUAUGAUCUCAUUGCCAACAUUGUGCAUGAUGGCAAGCCCUCUGAGGGCUCCUAUAGGAUCCACGUGCUUCAUCAUGGAACCGGCAAGUGGUAUGAAUUACAAGACCUCCAGGUGACUGACAUCCUGCCCCAGAUGAUCACCUUGUCCGAGGCCUACAUUCAGAUUUGGAAGAGGCGGGAUAAUGAUGAAACCAACCAACAGGGGGCUUGAACACCUUGUCUGGGGUUUUGCUCCCAGUGGUAUUGGCUGAAGAUGUUAAAUAAAAACACUGAGGCUGUAGCUGACUGUGGACUGACUGGAAGACUCCUGCCGCAGUCCGGUUUUACAGGUCUGUCUGUCACCAUCAGAGAGCCGGCCUGCCCGGGUGUCCUGGGCCGACUCCAGCGGUUCUCUGACCAGCACAUUGCAGAUGCUCCUUCCCUUUCAGCAGCAGCAGGCAGAACUCCCACAGGUGGAUGCCUUAUUUGAAUUGCUGCAAGGAUAAAGAGCAGAUAAUCCCUUGGAGACGUGAAGUCUUGAGAGUCUAGGAACAAAUGUGAAGCUGAUAGCUUCUGUUUGUCUGUCUGUCGUAGGUAGAUGGUUCUCCUGUAGUUCCCGCCUCUCCCAUGGACUUCUGGAACAGAUUAAAUAGCCUCCUGUUUUUAAACCA